GUUUAGGCUCUGCCUGUCCGAGAAUACGUGUGGUACUACUCCUGCCAGCUUGCCUCCUUCCCUUCUGGGUGGUCGAGACUCGAGAAGAAAAGGUGGGUCAGACGAGGAUAUUAUGGUACUUCUGCCCUAACUUUGGCGUAUAUACGAUUCAAGAUUAAGUGAGGUUGCUACCUUACUUUACCUUGAAAGCUUCAGCAGAGUACUGAUCGUGUCCUCCCAUCAUGGCAAAAUCAGAAACUGCAGUGAGUGUGCAUGAACAGGUGACAGUGUCAGUGGAUGAUAACAACAAUGACAAUGACUGUAGCAAACACAGAAACGACAACGACUUGCACCAUACUGGAAAUCCCGACAAGGACAGCAGCGACUUUACCAGCUGUCAAAACGUCAAUAGCAACAAGAAGGCCGGAGUUGCAGGUCUCAAGUACCAGCUGCGGCCGCGCUCCGUCAAAGUGCGGCAUUGUUACGACAGUGAGUGGAGCUUCCAGGACACGCUGCGGCAUAAGCCGCGGCCGCCGCCUCUCUCCAGGUACCGCAGGAAGACUGCCAACGCCCGCGAGAGGUACCGUAUGAGGCAGAUCAACACCGCCUUUGAUAGCCUGCGUGGUGUGUUGCCGUCAUGGGUAUGUAGUCGAAGAGCCUCCUCUGACCUGACCAAGAUCACAACAUUAAAGCUGGCUUCAGCCUACAUUAGGUCCCUCCAAGACAUUCUGGACGGCAACGCUCAGCAAGACACCUACUCCUGGGUCCUCUCCAGUAUCUUCAGUGACGCUCCCAGCCCUCAGCAACCCCAGUCUGUCCACCACUACAACCCCAGCACAUUUCCUAGCAAAACUCAGCGGCAGCAGCAGCAGGACUCAGAGCACCCAACCACAGAUUCCGAGUUAGUGUCUCUCCUAUAUGGAGCCUCCGACUCUUGCAACUACCAAGACAAUCUGGAAACCUUCUCGUACCUGUCUUCUGGCCCAGACACUGAUACCGUCACGUUGCUCCUUCUGGGAACCGAACUGCCUCGCUGCUGGGGAGAAACCAAACAUACUCUUCCUGUAUCAUGACGAAGGCCCUGUGUAGACAAGGAAACGUUCUUGUGAUUCUCCGGACAAGCUUGACGUUGGUAGCCCACUAAUUACUUACGUCUGUUCUCAAACAAGCUGCGAGACUGGUCCUUAAGACUUUCUCCGAUAAAUCUUUGGUGUCACUUAAAGAAACCGAAAUUAUGAUGCCAGCCAUCGUGUAAAAGAACAUUAAAGAUUCAGAGAGGUUCGAUGAAUGUAUUAGCAUACCUCCUCCUUGGUACAGAAUAUGAACAGUUUCGAAAAAUUCAGAGUAAAAAAACAAAAAAUGCUGUACAGCAUUCAAGACUUGAGUUCAGGGGUACGUGUGCGCUCUUACAUAUUAGUUAGCAUGAUGAAGACAUUGGUUGUUACUUAUCAGUGGGAAGGGACGUGGCAGGAGACGUGGGCCAGCAGAUAAUACCAUGAUUUACCUCUCUCUCUUGCAUGUUUAGGUCUGACUAGUGGGACGUUACCUUCACCGCUACA